AUGGCAAGUGUAUAUUUAAGCAAUACACACGGAUUAAAGCCGUUUGUCUGUCCAGAAACUGCUGGUAUUUCCGCACGCUGGGAAAGAUGGCUUCGAGCUUUUGAAUUGUUUGCGACAGGAAAAGGAGUAAAAAAUGUCGAUCAGAAGAAGGCUUUAUUGCUGCACACUCGGCCGCAUUAAAUGGGCAAGACAUUUAUUUCACGUUGACCAAAGAAGGAGGAUCAGAUAGCUAUCAGAAAGCAAAGGCGACCUUGAAGAAAUAUUUCAAACCGCAAGCGAAUGUUUCGUGUGAAAGGCUUUGUUUUUGUGAAGCAAGUCAACUGGCAAACGAAAGCGACCAACAGUUUGUUACUAGAUUGAAACAAACAGCCCAAACCUGCGAAUUCGGAGAUGCUGCAACUGUGGAUGAGCAAAUUCGUGAUCAAGGGAUAAGCAAAUGCUUGUUGCACCAACCCCGUCGGAAGUUACUUCAGAAGGGUCGAAACUUGACACUGCCACAAGUAAGAGAAACUGCUCGUUCUAUGGAGGAAUCUGAAAAACAGGCCUGUUCAAUCGAAGGAGGAAGUGGUGAGGUCCGUAAUGAAGUGAAUAGUGUGAGUGGAAAGACGAAUUACAGAGGGGAUGCGAGCGCAAGAAAAGUCAAACGUAUUUGUUGUGCAUACACGGGACAUAAAGCCAAAGAUCGUCGAUGUCCAGCGACAAGGAAACAGUGCAGGAAGUGUAAUGGAUCAGGACAUUUUGAGGCUGUGUGUAAAACUAAGGAGAAGCAAACCAGUGGUAGAGGAGCUGGAGCGCCGCAUAAACCAGACGUCGGAAAGAAGAGAGGUGCAGCUUAUCAUGUAACGCAGGUAGAAACUGAAGGUACUCGGGGUGAUGAUUGUGAAUAUGCUUUUGGCAUUUUAGAUGAUUCUAAUGUUUCAAGUGAUGGGAAAAUUCCUGUGAAGAUAGGAGGUUUACCAGUAACAAUGAUUAUUGAUUCUGGUGCUAGUUGCAAUGCCAUAGGUCGUAAAGUAUGGGAAUAUCUGAAAGCAAAUAAGGGUGCAUGUGUCUCGACUAAGGCUUCAAAGAAGUUGUAUGCAUAUGGUAGUAAUCAGCCACUACAAGUUACAGGCAUGUUUACUGCAGAAGUGGCUGUUGGAGAGAGUAUAUUAAGUGGGGUCGAAUUUGUUGUCAUUGAAAAUGACGGACACGCCUUCCUUGGGCGGGAAACUGCCAUUUCUCUGGGAGUUUUGAAGCUGGGAGCUAACGUGAAUUCACUAGAGGUUUCUACGAAUGGAGCAAAAGGGGAGGCCAGUAUUUUUGAAAAGUUCCCGGGAUUGGCAAACUGAAAGAUUUCCAGCUAAAAGUCCCGAUUGACCAAGAGGUACCACCUGUAGCACAAACAAUUAGGUAGGUCCCUUACCAUUUGCGUGAUAAACUGACUACCAAACUGGAUGAACUUGUGGAACUAGACAUCAUUGAAAAAGUGAGUGGACCAAGCUCGUGAGUCUCACCAGUGGUAGGGGUGCCCAAGCCCUCAGGUGAUAUUCGCUUGUGUGUGGAUAUGUGACAAGCCAACAUGGCAGUAAAACGAGAGCGUUACCCAACUAUCCACCAUUGACAAAGUUUUACAAGAUUUGAACCAGAGCAAGUUCUUUAGCAAGUUGGAUCUUACCUCUGCCUAUCUCAGAUAG